GACCCAACAAAUUCUCCAGAUGAAGUAUACUUUCGACUUGUUCAGAUAAUCGUAUAGGUUUUUAUAAAAAAAAAAAAAGCGAAUAAAAAAGUUAGCAUCAAUUGGUUUCAAGUAGAGCCGCAAAAUUCGGAAAUCCCCAGAAUGACCAUACAAGGACUGAAGUGUGACCUCAGCCCGACGGUGACCACCUGUCUGCAGCUGAAGGACUGCGUCCGUCCCGACUGCUGUCCCAUCCGGGACCCCAUUCCCUACGAUGCCGAAUGCUUUGUGCGGGACAUUGGCCAGGAGCUGGACCAACUGACGCGUCGCCACGAGCGCAUGUUCGUCAAGCGUCGCCGCUUAAUGGAAAUGGCCAUACCCAUACGCCGCACCUGCCGCUUUGUGCCCAAGUGCGCCUGCUCCUUUCCCAAGUCCAUCGAAAUGGUGCGUCCUUGCGACGCCCAGAAUCACACCCGCACCGAGCAACUGGCUCUGCCCACCGUCCGUCGUUUGCUCCACAGGCGGCGCACGGCCAUCCUGGCGGGCGACUCAAUUGGCGAGUCCAUACUGAACAGGUGGCUUCGCUACAGCUACCUAUCGCUCUACAGUCGUCUCUCAAAUGCACAGCCGUUGGUCAAACCGAAGAAAAAGAAGAAGAAAACGGAGAAGCAGCUGGCUCGGCACGAGAAGUACAUUGAAAAGUUGGCGAAACCAAAGAAAGCGCCCAAGAUCCCAAAGCCGGAUCGGGGGGCGGGGGAGUUCGACCCCGUGCGUCUCAAGCAGCUGGCCAGUCCGAAGGCCUAUUUGGAGGAGAUCAAGCCCAAGUGGGAGCUGACCUCACAAAUGAAGGACUACAAGGCGACCAAGCGAAUCAAGCAAAUAUCACAGCCCGUUGUGCGGGAUAAUGUCCACAUCAACGAGAAUCCGGAGAAGGUCUCGCCCAAUGCCCUUCGCUACAAACCGAGUGCCCGCAUCAAGGAGAUGUCCGAGCCACUGACCACGCGCGAUGCCAACCAGGGAUUGGCGGACGUCAAGGAGAAUCCAUUCGGGAUCGCGCCAAACGCACUCAAAUACAAGGCGAGCACACGGAUCAAGGAGCUGGCGGAGCCCAAGGAGUUCGAGAACACGCACAUCCGCGAGAAUCCGUUUGCCAUAUCGCCGGCGGCACUGAAAGCCAAAGCCUCGCCACGCCUCAUCGAGCUGGCCAAGCCCAAGGGCGGAUAAUGGGAACCGGACGGGGAGGGAUCGUCUCCAUAAUUAUUGCCGUCAUUAUUGGUGUUCUAAGUUUUUCAUUUCGGCUACAUUUGGUAUCGAGUUUUCUAUUAAAUUUGUCUUUGGUUUGCUAAAAA